AAUUCCUUGGACUUGUGAGCGAGUCGGAGGUUGCUGCAGGAAGGGGAGAUCGGAGGUUGGAUCUACACCCGGCAGUCUAUUGGGGAAACUUCCACUUUUAUAAACAAGUGUCGGGCUGCCCUGGUUGAAGAGGAUACGAGUAACAGGAUCAGCUGGUGGUUGGACUCAACAACAUGAUUAUUGGAGACCUGGCCACAGCAAGGCCCAGGAGAAUGUGUUUAACCUGAAUCUGCUGGUGUGCUGCUCAUCUGCUUAGGUGUCAUGGAGGAUGGGAAGCCGGUGUGGGCGCCCCACCCAGGAGAUGGGUUCCAGCUGGGGACCAUAGUGGACAUAGGAGCAGACAGCUUGACCAUCGAGCCGCUGAAACAGGGGCAAAAGAGCUUUACGGCCCAGCUCAACCAAGUGUUUCCGGCUGAGGAUGAUGUCAACAAACAUGUGGAAGACAACUGUUCUUUAAUGUACUUGAAUGAAGCCACUCUCUUGAACAACGUCCGUGUGCGGUAUAGUAAAGACAGAAUUUAUACGUUUGUAGCUAAUAUCCUGAUAGCAGUGAACCCCUACUAUGACAUCCCAAAGCUCUAUGCUCCAGAGACCAUUAAACAGUACCAUGGGAGGUCCCUGGGCACCCUGCCGCCCCACGUCUACGCUAUCGCUGACAAGGCCUACAGGGACAUGAGGGUGCUGAAGAUGAGCCAGUCCAUCAUCGUGUCUGGGGAGUCUGGUGCCGGGAAGACUGAAAACACCAAGUUUGUCCUCCGAUACUUGACAACAUCCUAUGGAACAGGUCAAGAUAUUGAUGAGAGAAUAGUUGAAGCCAAUCCCCUGCUAGAAGCUUUUGGAAACGCUAAAACUGUCAGGAAUAACAACAGUAGUCGCUUUGGGAAGUUUGUAGAGAUCCACUUCAACGAAAAGAAUACUGUGGUGGGAGGCUUCGUGUCCCACUACCUGCUGGAGAAAUCCAGGAUCUGCCAGCAGAGCCAGGAGGAGAGGAACUACCACAUCUUCUACCGGCUGUGUGCUGGAGCCUCCGAGGACAUCAGGACCAAGUUCCACCUGGAAUCACCAGACACCUUCAGGUAUUUGAACAGAGGAUGCACUCGCUUCUUUGCGAACAAGGACACAGACAAACAGAUCCUUCAGAACCGCAAGAGUCCAGAGCACCUGAAGGCUGGGCCCCUAAAGGACCCUCUGCUGGACGACCAGGGGGACUUCAACAGGAUGUGCGGGGCCAUGAAGAAGAUCGGCCUGGAUGAUACAGAGAAGCUGGACCUGUUCAGGGUGGUGGCCGGGGUGCUGCACUUGGGCAACAUCGACUUUGAGGAGGCAGGCAGCACAUCGGGUGGCUGCACCAUAAAGAACCAGUCAAGCCAGACGGUGGAGUACUGUGCUGAGUUGCUGGGUCUGGGAGAGCAGGACCUGAGUGUCAGCCUCACGUCCAGGGUCAUGCUCACAACAGCAGGGGGCGCCAAAGGAACAGUUAUCAAAGUGCCACUGAAAGUGGAGCAGGCAAACAAUGCACGGGACGCCCUGGCCAAGGCUGUGUACAGCCGGCUGUUUGACCACGUGGUCACCAGGGUCAACCAGUGCUUCCCCUUCCACUCCUCUGCCAACUUCAUCGGGGUUCUGGAUAUCGCAGGCUUCGAGUACUUUGAGCACAACAGCUUUGAGCAGUUCUGCAUCAACUACUGUAAUGAGAAGCUGCAGCAGUUCUUCAACGAGCGCAUUCUGAAAGAGGAACAAGAGCUGUAUCAGAAGGAGGGCCUUGGAGUGAACGAGGUCCGGUAUGUCGACAAUCAGGACUGCAUCGACCUUGUGGAGGCCAAGCUGGUGGGCAUCCUGGACAUCCUGGAUGAAGAGAACCGUCUACCUCAGCCCAGCGACCAGCACUUUGCAGAGACCGUUCACAACAAGCACAAGAACCACUUCCGACUGACCGUGCCCCGGAAAUCAAAGCUGCAAGUUCACAGGAAUGUGAGGGAUGACGAGGGAUUCAUCGUCAGACACUUUGCAGGAGCGGUGUGCUAUGAGACGACCAAGUUUGUGGAGAAGAACAAUGAUGCACUGCACAUGUCCCUGGAGUGCCUGGUGAGUGAGUCAAAGGACCGGUUUAUCCGGGAGCUCUUUGAGAACUCCAACAACACCAAGGACUCGAAACAGAAGGCCGGCAAGCUCAGCUUCAUCAGCGUCGGCAACAAAUUCAAGACCCAGCUGAACAUUCUUCUGGAGAAGCUUCGCAGCACGGGCUCCAGUUUCAUCCGUUGUAUCAAGCCCAAUCUGAAGAUGGUCAGCCACCAGUUUGAAGGGGCCCAGAUCCUCUCUCAGUUGCAGUGCUCAGGAAUGGUGUCAGUGCUGGACCUGAUGCAGGGAGGCUUUCCCUCCAGAGCGCCAUUCCAUGAGCUCUACAACAUGUACAAGCAGUACAUGCCUGCCAAGCUGACUCGCCUGGACCCAAGACUCUUCUGCAAGGCUUUAUUCAAAGCGCUGGGACUCAACGAGAAUGAUUACAAGUUUGGGCUGACCAGAGUGUUCUUCAGACCUGGGAAGUUUAAAGAGUUUGAUCAGAUCAUGAAGUCGGACCCAGACCACCUGGCGGAGCUGGUGAAGAAGGUCAACCAGUGGCUCAUCUGCAGCCGCUGGAAGAAGGUCCAGUGGUGUUCCCUCUCUGUCAUCAAACUGAGGAAUAAGAUGCUGUACCGUGCCAGUGCCUGCAUCAAGAUGCAGAAGACGGUGCGCAUGUGGCUGUGCAGGAGGAAGCACAAGCCGCGGAUCGAUGGGUUGGUGAAGGUGCGUAACCUGAAGAACAGGAUGGAUAAGUUCAAUGAGGUGAUUGCCGGCCUGAAGGAGGGGAAGCAGGAGAUGAGCAUGCAGAUUCAGGGGCUGGACGCUGCCAUCAACACAACCAUGCUCAAAAUCAAGACCACAGCAAUGACCCGCAUUGACAUGGACCAUGAGUACCAGGCCCUGGUGACCAGGUCAGAGGAGCUGCUGACGGCCAUGCAGAACAAGAAGAAGGAGGAGGAGGAGAAGGAGCGACUGAAGAAGAUCCAGGAGGAGAUGGCGAGAGAGAAGAAGAGGAGGGAGGAGGAGGAGCAGCGCUGCAAGCAGGACAAAGAGGACAGGCGUCUGAAAGCGGAGAUGGAGCUGAAGCGGAAACACGAAGAAGAGGAGCGGAAGCAGAGAAAGGAAGAGGAGAGGAAGCUUCAGGCAGAGAUGGAUGUUCAGCUGGAGGCUGAGCGGGAGGAGGCGGCGGCACGUCAGAACAUCCUGGAGCAGGAGAGGCGCGACAGGGAGCUGGCCAUGAGGAUCGCCCAGAGCGAGGCUGAACUCAUCCCAGAGGACACCCUGAACGACGCAGGCCUGCGCAGUAACGGCACCUCAGGUGGUCCAUCCUCCCCAGAGAGAGCUACUGGACCUGGUGGAUCUCAAAAGCUCAAGAGCAUGUCCAUGGAGGAAAUGGCCAAGGAAAUGUCUGAGCUUCUGUCUAGAGGCCCACAGGUUCAGGCUACCAAAGCUGCUGCUGCUGGCACCAAGAAGUACGAGCUCAGCAAGUGGAAAUACGCCGAGCUGAGGGACGCCAUCAACACAUCCUGUGACAUUGAGUUGCUGGCUGCCUGCCGAGAGGAGUUCCACCGCCGGCUGAAGGUCUACCACGCCUGGAAGUCAAAGAACAAGAAGCGUGGCAACAACCCCGGCAUCACAGAGCAGAGGGCCCCCAAAUCAGUCACCGACUAUGAUCUCGCACCUCGUGUGAGACAAGCACCCCAGGCGAACUCAGCCCCGCCCAUCCCAGCCAGGCAACAUGAGGUGGCCAUGAACAGGCAGCAGCGCUACUUCCGCAUCCCCUUCAUCCGGCCCGGGGACCAGUACAAGGACCCCCAGAACAAAAAGAAGGGCUGGUGGUACGCCCACUUUGAUGGGCCCUGGAUCGCCAGGCAGAUGGAGCUGCACCCGGACAAGCAGCCCAUCCUGCUGGUGGCAGGGAAAGACGACAUGGAGAUGUGUGAGCUGAGCCUAGAGGAGACAGGCUUGACGAGGAAGAGGGGGGCUGAGAUCCUGCCCCGGCAGUUUGAGGAGAUCUGGGAGCGCUGCGGGGGCAUCCAGUACCUCCGUAGAGCCAUCGAGAAACGACAGGCCCGCCCCACCUACGCCACAGCCAUGCUGCAGACCCUCCUCAAGUAAAGGGUGUAGGGUGAAUUUGCCCCUAGUCGCUGAUCGUGGGUCAGUUUAGCAUUUUCCCCACCUAAUGGUUAAGGUUAGGAUUGGGGGAGGGGAAGCUGAUCCUAGAUCUGUACUCUGGGAAACUUCACCCUGGAGCUAAACCCCCCUGUCUUAAAUCGCGGGCCUUUCUCUCACUACAGCAAAGGGAAGAAUGCACUAAGCUACUGUACCUAAACACAGUGGGUAUUCAAAAAGUUAACCACUUUUUGUCAAUUGUCUUUUUUCUUUUGUUCAUGAUAUUGGUCUUGGCUGCUUUCAAUUGUCUUGAUGUAUUGUUUCUUGGUGGGUGCGGGGGAAUUUGCAGUGAACCUAUGCGAGGAAUCAGACAGUGACUAAUUAUUACAUCUAGUUUUGUUUCUCGAGCAAUUGUGGAUGUUUUCCUUUUUUAAUAUUCCUGCUACUUUAACUACGAGGCCUUAUAAAAAUUACUUUAACGGGGUAAUUUGCUGAAAGUAGGAAGUGUUUCAAAGCUGCCUCCAAAUAAGUUUGAGUAUUGUUGAUGUUUAAUAUUAUGUCUUUGUGAUUUAAACUGAAGUCAACAUUUUGUCGAGCAUUUCACUCAAACAGAUACUUGCUGUUUACUUUAUUUUCAUGUAGUUAUUAUAGGAUAAUACUUGCACAAGAGAGGGGUAGAAAUGGGCUAGGUUGGGGUAGAAAUGGGCUAGGUUGGGGUAGAAAUGGGCUAGGUUGGGGUAGAAAUGGGCUAGGUUGCACCUCUCUGUUUUCUCAUGUGAGGCAGUUAUACUUGAGCAUCAGGUUCUUCUCUAAGGAUAUUUUUUAGUAACUGCACAUAAAUUCACAUUAAUUUCUAAUUAUAAUAUUUGAUAAUACUGUAAUAAGUUUUUUACCUCUGGCUUUCAGACUGAAUACAAUAUGAGUUUGUUGAUUUGUUCCUUCAGUCCUUACUGUUUGGUUAGUAGCUGUUUGUUUUAUUCUUCAUGUGUGAUUUAGGUUUGCUAAUGAAAGGUAAAGAAAUAUUUCCUUUUCACAUUCCCCAACCAUUCAUUUCUAAAGCCACAUGGUUGAAAUUGAAAUGCGUUGUUUCAUGUUCUCCACAUGAAACAAUGCAUAUUCCAAAUAUUGAAACAGAAAGAAAAAUGUAUGAAUCAAACUUAAUUAUGAUGAGAAGUGAAUAAUGCAAAUCUUGAGAUACUCUACGAUAUCAAAUCAUACUGUCGGACCAAAUGUGUGUAUGGGACAAAAACUGAAUAGUAAAAUCGUGUUGAUGUCUUCUUGACACCAACUUCAUUCAAGCUCAUAUACAAUAUAGUCAGCUAUUCUUCCCUCUGCUAGAUACAGUACAUCAGCUCAUAUUCCAAUAGACACAUACAGAAUGUUCUACGUGUAUGAUAGAGAGUAAUGUUUCUACACAGGAAUGUACACAUUUAUUUUCUAAAUAAAUAUUUCUACUCUAAGAUACUCUAAAGCAUGUGUCAAACUCAUUCCACAGAGGGCCAUGUGUCUGCGGGUUUUUGCUCCACCCUCGUAUUUGAUGAAUUAGUAAGGACCUCCCUUCACCUAGUUGUCUACUGUAGGUCUUAAUUGAAAGGAAAAACCAAAAACCUGCAGACACUCAGCCCUCCAUGGAAUGAGUUUGACACCCCUGCUGUAAAGGGUUUGGGCACAUGACUCAUGUUUCUUAAAAAAUAAACAAAUGAUGAAGCAAUAAUUUACACACGCAACACUACGAGGAGGACAGACGGUCUCCAAAACACACAGGACAUGACAAUCUUGUAAGGCUGUUAGUCUUGAGUUUUUUCUAGCGUUUCUUCUCGUUCCCUUGGACGCUCUGCACAAAUGAAAGGCGACGUCGUGGUUGUUUGAAAUCUAUCCGCUCGUGCUCGUGUCUAAAGCAUGUCUUCAGUUUAGACCGAAGUAUGUAUUUCUGACUUAAACAGCAGAGUUUACUACUGUACUGUGUGUAUUUCUGACUUAAACAGCAGAGUUUACUACUGUACUGUGGGGUCUCCUUGAAUAUCGCUUGUAAUGUACAACAAAUGACUGACUGGCUUCCAUAUGCUCUGUAUCUCACAACACGCAUAGCAAUCAUUCCUCAGAUACUGCCUUUUCUAAUGCUGAUCUCUAACUGAAAUAAACGCAUUUCAUGCUUCACUCAA